AUGACCCAAAGUCAGCGGUCAAGAUACUUGAAGACAGGAGGAAUUCUGCUCUUCGUUAUCUUCUUAUUCUAUUAUCUGUCCCCAAAAGGUACGCAGGUAUCAAACACUGUUGGAAAUGCCGUCGAUAUAGUUAAAAGUGGAAAUGAUGGACAAUCGCCAUCCGACUCGACAUAUGGGACAACGAAGUGCUCGAAAUCCUCUAGCAAGUCGAAACCGAUUGUUCAAUAUGCCAUCAUGAUCGAUGCUGGCAGUACCGGUUCUCGAGUUCACGUAUAUAAGUUCAAUAACUGCGGUCCUUCGCCAGAGUUGGAGCACGAAGAAUUCCAAAUGACGGAAAAGAAAGAUGGAGGUUCCGGAUUGAGCUCCUUUGGAGCCGACGCUGAAGGCGCCGCAAAGAGUCUCGAUAUGCUUAUGGAUGUUGCAGUGAAAACUGUUCCAGACGCACUUAAGUCUUGCACUCCUGUGGCUGUUAAGGCUACUGCUGGUUUACGAAAACUUGGUCCGGAAUUGAGCACCAAAAUUCUUGAAGCUGUUCGUACCAGAUUGGAGACUGUCUAUCCGUUCGCGGUUGUAUCAGAUGAAAAGGGUGGUGUCCAGGUUAUGGAAGGUACCGAUGAGGGUGUCUACGCUUGGAUUACUACAAACUUUUUACUCGGAAACAUUGGAGGCCCAGCUCCUGGAGUUACUGCAGCAGUUUUCGAUCUUGGUGGAGGCUCGACCCAAGUUGUCUUUGAACCCAAGUACAAAUUACCUGAGAAAAUGGCCGAAGGUGAUCAUAAAUACAAGCUUACGUUUGGUGGAAGAGAUUUCGAGCUUUAUCAACACUCUCAUUUGGGAUUUGGUCUCAUGGCUGCCCGUGAAACUAUUCACAAGACUCUCAUCGAUGACGUUCAUGCGGCUAAUCCUACGGAUCUCGCUUGGGCCGCAUCGCCAAUCGUCAACCCUUGUAUCGCACCAGGCAUGAACCGUUCGGUCGAUGUUGCAUUCGACGAGAAACAUCCUCUUCGUUCUAAAUUAGGAGAGAGCAACGAAUUCGUCAUGAAGGGCCCUUCUUCCCCAUCCCCAGCUCAAUGUCGUAAGCUUGCAGAGAAGAUCCUGUUCAAGGAAGCCGAAUGCAAAGUUGCACCUUGCUCCUUCAAUGGUGUUCAUCAACCCUCUUUAGAAAAGACCUUUCAACACGAGGAUGUCUAUACUUUCUCAUACUUCUUUGAUCGUACAGACCCUCUCGGAAUGCCAGAAUCUUUUACUCUACGGGAAUUGCAUGAUCUUACCAGCCAAGUUUGUGGCGGUGCCUCUCAUUGGGAUAUGUUUACUGCUAUUCCUGAUGCUAUCAAGGAAUUGAAGGAUAGACCCGAAUGGUGCCUUGAUUUGAACUUCAUGAUGGCUUUGUUGCACACGGGUUACGAAAUGCCAAUUGAUAGAGAGGUCAAGAUUGCAAAGAAGCUCAAGGGUAAUGAGCUUGGAUGGUGUCUUGGUGCUAGUCUUCCAUUGCUUGAGGCAGGCUCCGGAUGGACAUGUCGCGUUAAGGAAGUCUCUAAAUGA